GGAAUUGGUUUAUAAACGAUGAACUCUAAAAGCAGAAAUCAUAGGUACCUCGUUGAGUUAAACAAAAAUGAAGUUGCUCUUUCUGGUUGUAGCCUUUGUGUGUUUCGUAUGCGUGUUCGGCAGUCAAAGAGAGGCCCCGACAUGCGCAGAUGACCCAGACAGUUGCCCAGCUGACAGACCGUGUUGUGAUGGAAGUCACUGUCACCACGCUGACCACAAUGGAAACUGCCAUCAUCACACAGGAAAGCGUCAAGCUGGCCAACACAACACCCACCCCCACCCACCUCACCACCCCAACCACGGAGACAAAUGUGACCCCGACGACGACGCGUCCUGUCCCAGCGAGUGCAACUGCGUUCACGACGGCAACGGCGGCCACCACUGUCACUGCGAUGCUGCAGUAGGCAGACGAGAGACCCCGACCUGCGCAGAUGACCCCGACAGUUGUCCAGCUGACAGACCGUGUUGUGAUGGACAUCAUUGUCACCACGCUGACCACAAUGGAAACUGUCAUCACCAUACAGCACGAGAAGCCCCGACCUGCGCAGAUGACCCCGACAGUUGCCCAGCCGACAGACCGUGUUGUGAUGGACAGCAUUGUCACCACGCUGACCACAAUGGAAACUGUCAUCAUCAUACAGCACGAGAAGCCCCGACCUGCGCAGAUGACCCCGACAGUUGCCCAGCUGACAGACCGUGUUGUGAUGGACAUCAUUGUCACCACGCUGACCACAAUGGAAACUGUCAUCAUCAUACAGCACGAGAAGCCCCGACCUGCGCAGAUGACCCCGACAGUUGCCCAGCCGACAGACCGUGUUGUGAUGGACAGCAUUGUCACCACGCUGACCACAAUGGAAACUGUCAUCAUCAUACAGCACGAGAAGCCCUGACCUGCGCAGAUGACCCCGACAGUUGCCCAGCUGACAGACCGUGUUGUGAUGGACAGCAUUGUCACCACGCUGACCACAAUGGAAACUGUCAUCAUCAUACAGGACGAGAAGCCCCGACCUGCGCAGAUGACCCCGACAGUUGCCCAGCUGACAGACCGUGUUGUGAUGGACAUCAUUGUCACCACGCUGACCACAAUGGAAACUGUCAUCAUCAUACAGCACGAGAAGCCCUGACCUGCGCAGAUGACCCCGACAGUUGCCCAGCUGACAGACCGUGUUGUGAUGGACAGCAUUGUCACCACGCUGACCACAAUGGAAACUGUCAUCAUCAUACAGGACGAGAAGCCCCGACCUGCGCAGAUGACCCCGACAGUUGCCCAGCUGACAGACCGUGUUGUGAUGGACAUCAUUGUCACCACGCUGACCACAAUGGAAACUGUCAUCAUCAUACAGCACGAGAAGCCCUGACCUGCGCAGAUGACCCCGACAGUUGCCCAGCUGACAGACCGUGUUGUGAUGGACAGCAUUGUCACCACGCUGACCACAAUGGAAACUGUCAUCAUCAUACAGGACGAGAAGCCCCGACCUGCGCAGAUGACCCCGACAGUUGCCCAGCUGACAGACCGUGUUGUGAUGGACAUCAUUGUCACCACGCUGACCACAAUGGAAACUGUCAUCAUCAUACAGCACGAGAAGCCCCGACCUGCGCAGAUGACCCCGACAGUUGCCCAGCUGACAGACCGUGUUGUGAUGGACAGCAUUGUCACCACGCUGACCACAAUGGAAACUGUCAUCAUCAUACAGGACGAGAAGCCCCGACCUGCGCAGAUGACCCCGACAGUUGCCCAGCUGACAGACCGUGUUGUGAUGGACAUCAUUGUCACCACGCUGACCACAAUGGAAACUGUCAUCAUCAUACAGCACGAGAAGCCCUGACCUGCGCAGAUGACCCCGACAGUUGCCCAGCUGACAGACCGUGUUGUGAUGGACAGCAUUGUCACCACGCUGACCACAAUGGAAACUGUCAUCAUCAUACAGGACGAGAAGCCCCGACCUGCGCAGAUGACCCCGACAGUUGCCCAGCUGACAGACCGUGUUGUGAUGGACAUCAUUGUCACCACGCUGACCACAAUGGAAACUGUCAUCAUCAUACAGCACGAGAAGCCCCGACCUGCGCAGAUGGCCCCGACAGUUGCCCAGCUGACAGACCGUGUUGUGAUGGACAGCAUUGUCACCACGCUGACCAUAAUGGAAACUGCCAUCAUUAGUGGCACAGGAUCAAACAAAAUUGUAAAAUCGAUAGAAAAACGAUUUAUUUAAUAAAUUUUAUAUAAAUGUA